AUGAAAGCCGUUGCCUACUUCGGCAACUGGGAUAUCUACGGAGCCAACUACUUCAUCACCGAUGUUCCAGCAGAGAACUUGACCCAUCUUGUCUAUGUUUUCGCCAACGUCAACACUACUACUGGCAGCGUGAUAUUGAGUGACACUUGGGCCGAUCUCCAGUAUGCGUACCCUGGAGAUAAUACCACUGCGCCGGGAGAAAAUGUAUGUGGGAAUAUCAAGCAGAUGUUCCUGUUGAAGAAGAAGCACCGCCAUCUCAAAACUAUGCUUUCCAUCGGUGGCACCAAGCGGCGGAAUUUUGUUGAUACGGCCGUCCAAUUGGUCGCAGAUCUCGGCUUCGAUGGAAUUGAUAUCGAUUAUGAGUACGUCGCAGACCACAGUCAAGCGGCGCAGAUGGUCGAUUUGCUUAAGCGUCUGCGCCAGAGUCUGGACCAACUGGCAGAGAAGACAGACGCUACAUCCCCAUUCCAGAUCAGCUAUGCCUCUCCAGCGGACAAGGACAAGGCUGUCAUGUUACACCUCACUAGCAUGACCCCGUAUCUCGAUUUCUACACUGUUAUGGCUUUGGACUACAUGGGACCCGGAUUCAGCAAUUACUCUGGCUACUUGUCAAACUUGUUCCCGGAUAUCGUUCUGGAGAACCCGCUGUACGGUCGUGUCUUCAAUGGCACUAAUGGCGUGGGCGAUAAGUUCUCCAAUGGCGGCACGCAGGGCAGUCUUGGUACCGCUGGGCUUUGGAAUUACAACGCGCUUCCCCUACCAAAAUUCGACGUAAAGGUUGUUAACGUUCCCCGUGUCGGCGGAAGCUACAGCUACGACGCCAAGCAGAAAUACCUGAUUAGCUAUGAUACUCCUGAGAUAGCUGCCCUGAAGGCUGAGUAUGUUCAGUGUUUGGGUCUUGCUGGCACCGCCUGGUGGGAAGUUAGCAUGGACCGAAACGAUACUCUGAGUCUCAUCGGCACCACUGUCUCUCUGUUUGGAGGCGCUGGCGCUUUGGAUCAGUCUCUUCACAACUUGAACUAUCCCACCAGCACAUAUGUUAAUCUGAAGGAUGGCUUCUCUGGCAAUUAA